GACUAAUGGUUCAUGCGGACCACUGUUCGACAACCUUGAAUGCCCCAUUGAUUCGCCUAUACCUGACUGGGGCUCUGGUAUCUACCCAUGCUGCAGUAACAGUGGAUGGUGUGGCCACACCGAGGCGCAUUGCAGUGGCAUCGAUUACAGAUUGCUAUACACACCAACAGCCAAUUCAACCCUAAUUGCGUUUAGUAAGAGCAACAAUAAUGACGUCAUAACUACUACACCAAGACACAUAAUGCCAUCUACACCCAGCAUUCCCAGUGCUAUAAACACAAUGUCAACCCAACCAAGCUCAUACAUUUGGCCUACACCAGUAGAUUCAACCAAUUCGCUAGAUGGCACGUUGGAGUCAUCUUCAACUGAGCCUACCUUCGUGCCAUAUUCAAU